UGUGCCCCCAGCCGCAAACAGACAACUCGCGAGGUUCAAACUGGCGCUGGCGGCCGCACUCCGCUCGGAAAACACAUCCACAAGGUAAGUCAUGAUGAGCGACUGCGUCGAGACCGCCGUCCACCCGGUAAUAAGCGUCGAGACAAUCGGCACCGCGAUGUGUACUUUGUGCGGAUACUGGAUCGUUCAUCAGAACAAGAUGAUGGAGCAGCACUGCAGGACCGAGAAGAUGGGCGUCAGGCGCAGACGCGCUCGUUCCAGGGGGAAAUCUGCUUCCCGUGUGGAGGCGAGGGCCGUCGCACUGGUGGCAUCGGUGGUAUAUCUAGAAAACGCACGCUGUGACAAGCUAGUGGGGACCCCAGUAAUCAUAGAUACAGAUGCUCAACAUUAGCCCCAGUGCAUUAGUGGUAGUUCGACCUACCCAGACAGAUCAAUCGACGCAUGCAUAAGAAGCACUGGGAAAGCGGGCGAUCAAAUACUAAAUCUCGUUCAUCUGAUUUAUGAAGUGUGUGCAAACUGGAUCUAUUGUGUUCACACACUAGGAAGCACCUGGAAUCAACUUGUCAAG